ACUUUCUGAAACAGCUGAUUAAUUAAGUAUUUUCAUAUAAAUUUUGUUUUGAUCCAACAAAUAGGAAUUUUUGUAGUUUUAUAUUUAAAAUUAAAUCGGAAGAUGAAUUGAAUGGUGAAAAAAUCAAUAGCAUAACGUUUUUAUACUCACAAAAGUUUUUCACUAAAACUCUCGUUUUCCUACUUUGUCAUGGCAGAACAGGAUGCUGUUAAUAAUAGUGAUACGGAAACAGAAAGCACUGAGGAUGAAAUUGAACCAAAGUUCAAAUACCAACGUAUUGCCAAUGACUUGAGGAAAAUCUUAAACUCUGACGUGGUCACCUGUAGUGCGGUGCACCCAAAGUUUUUAAUAUUUGGCACAUUUUUGGGGCGUGUCUAUCUGUUCGAUCAUCAAGGCAAUUCUGUGACAUCACACCUCUCAGAUGGACCAAAUGAUUUUUCUCAUACGGUUGCCGUCAAUCAUAUUGAUGUAGACGCAAAAGCAGAAUAUGUGGCCACUUGCUCUGAUGAUGGAAAGGUAAAUAUUACUGGUUUAUUUAGCGACGAAAACAAUCAAAAUUUGAACUUUGGGAAAUCGAUAAAAGCGGUAGCACUCGAUCCAGAUACCAAAGCAGUAGCCGGUAAAAGAUUUGUCGUCGGUGACGACAAACUCACAUUAUAUGAAAGAAAUUUUCUUAAAAAAUUAAAAACAACAGUGUUAUCUAGUGCUGAGGGUUAUGUAUUAUCCGUUUGCUGGAAUGGUUCCUUUGUUGCUUGGGCAAGCUAUCUUGGAGUGCGUGUCUAUGAUUUAAAUGAAAAGUGUUCGCUUGGUCUCAUGAAAUGGGAGGAGCCAGUCAAUGCACGCUUAGAGAAUUUCCGCUGCAAUUUUCGUUGGUCAAAUGCUACAACAUUGCUGAUAGGUUGGGUCGAUACAAUACGCAUUUGUGUUAUACGUAAGCGAAAUUCAAUAGAAGUAGCUUCCAGAGACUUGCCAGGCUUUAUAGUUGAUCCAAUAUCAACAUUUCAAACCACAUUUUACAUUUCGGGCCUAGCGCCACUCACCUCCAAUCAAUUGGUUGUGCUGGGUUGUCCAAAAGAGAAAGAUGCCGAACGAAAGUCGUUAAGGCCAGUACUGUGUGUUAUGGAAUAUAAGUUAAAUAGCAGUGAGGAAAUUUGCACCGAUAGUCUCUCAUUGCGCGGCUAUCAAGAAUAUACUGUCAAUGAUUAUAGUUUGGGUUGUAUUAUAGAAGAAAAUCGCUACUUCAUAGUUGCACCAAAGGAUAUAGUCGUUGCUGGUCUAUACGAAACAGAUGAUAGAGUUAAAUGGCUCGUAGACCAUCGAAAAUUCGAGGAAGCAAUGGAAGUGAUAUCGACACAUGCCGGCAGCUGGUCGUUGCUAACAGUGGCUAAGUUAUAUAUAAAUCAUUUAUUGGCGCUGAAUCAAUUUGACGCUGCUGCGAAGUUGUGUUUACGCGUUUUGGGCAAUAAGAAAUCGUUAUGGGAAGAGGAAGUAUUCAAAUUUUUCGAACGCCAGCAAUUGCGUUCAGUUAGUGCUUAUCUACCUACCUCCGAUGACUGUAAACUUGAUCCUCACAUUUACGAGUUGGUAUUAUAUGAAUAUCUGAAGCACGAUGCCAAAGGAUUUUUGAAUCUUAUUAAAGAAUGGCCAUCCAACUUAUACAAUUGCGCAGCAGUCAUCAACGCAAUACAUGACAAUUUUCGUAAGCAAAAUGCGAAUGAAUUGUUGGAAGCUUUGGCUAUACUUUAUUUGCAUCAGCGCGACUAUGAGAGUGCACUGCGAAUGUACUUAAAACUACAAAAUGCAGAUGUUUUUGAAAUGAUACGACGUUAUGAUCUCUAUGAUUCUAUACACAAAAUGAUUAUACCACUCAUACAGCUGAAUCGUGAGCGUGCCUUUAAAGUUUUAUUCGAAAAGAAUAAGAUUUCACCUGAAAUUGUUGUGCAACAAUUGGAGCAAAAUCAAGAGUAUUUAUAUUGGUAUUUAGAUGCCUUAGAUAAGGUGGAUAAGAGCGGUAAAUACCAUUGGAAGUUGGUAAAUCUCUAUGCAAAAUAUGAACCGCAAAAGUUAUUACCAUUUCUGAAACGUUCCAAUCACUAUCCCAUGCAAGAAGCUUUGGAUGUGUGCAAGCGUGAAUUAUUCUAUCCUGAAAUGGUAUAUUUGUUAGGUCAAAUGGGCAAUACUAUAGAGGCCUUAAACAUAAUUAUUGAAAAGAUUCAAGACAUUGAAAUGGCUAUUGAGUUUUGUAAAGAGCACAAUGAUUCGGAUUUAUGGAACAUAUUGAUUGAUGAGUCAGUUAAAGAGCCUACUAUUGUACUGAAGCUGUUGGAUGGCAUAGUGGACUACGUCGAUCCCGUUGCUGUUGUUGAGAAAAUCAAACUGGGACAAAAUAUACCUGGUUUGCGCGAUGCCGUCGUCAAACUUUUGUGGGACUAUCGUUUGCAGGUACAAAUACGCAAGAGUGCACAAAAAAUCCAAUGGGAGUUUUAUUAUAACCGUCAUGCCAGAGUGGUGCGAACACAAAAUCGUGGUCGCUGUGUACCCACUUCAGAGCGCUGUUUAAAAUGUAAUCGUCCUCUCAUUAGCAUGAAUGAACACAUUCCACCACUGAGUGAUGUUGUGACUUUCCUAUGUGGUCAUAUUUACCAUACAAAUUGUGUGCCUGGUGGCCCGGACAAUGAGCAUUGUGAACUUUGCAAUCCUAGUGAUUUUAACAAAGAAGAGGGCUUUGCACUACUUUUAGAAUAGCGAGAAUAUACAAAAACACUAUUUUCUCAAAACCAACGAGUUGGAAGUUAAACCAAAACAGCAAAUCGUUGGCGCUGAAUUUAAUUAAAAGACUACGCCUAUGUAAUUUUUUUAACGCAAUUUCCGUAAAGGGACCUUACAACAUAAUUUAAGCCAAAAAGUCGAAAAUUCUGCACAAUGUAUGUAUUAUAUGCCUUAAGCAAAUACGCUUAAGCAAGUCUUUCUCGCUUCUCGUGUUACCUUGAUAACCUUACUUUAACCUUUUUCAUUAUUUUUGCCCACAACCAUAGCAUAGAGCAUACGUACAUAUGUAAAUAUAUGCAAUUUAUUUAAAUAUUCCUACGAAAUUAUUUUUUAAAUAAAGCUUUUUAUAUCGAAAAUUUUAAAA